AUGAACGACCCUGGUUCUAAAUUAGGGUUCCAUGGUGAACUCGUGGUUGUAGUUGAUACUCACACAAUUGUUGCGACUUGGACGAAUUGGGUUUUGAAUGGAUCUGUUUCUGGGUUUUCCUCUUUCUUUCCUCAACGGGUUUAUGAAUAUGAUGAAGAUGGAGAAUAUCAACUAUUCUCACAAAGACACAAACAUGCUUCCGAGUCUGACAUCUUUCUUCAUUCUAGCUUCUCUUCUCGCUUUGUUAGAGACUCUCUUCCCAGGUUUUCCAUACCUCAGGAUUCCAUGCCUGGGGAGGCUGCUUACCAGAGCAUACACGAUGAGUUGCAGUUUGAUGCUAUUCCAAAGUUCAACUUGGCUUCCUUUGUCACAACUUCCAUGGAAGAAGAGUGCAACAAACUCAUCAUGGAAUCCAUCAACAAGAACUACGUGGACAUGGACGAAUAUCCUAUCACCACAGACCUUCACAACCGGUGUGUGAACAUGAUAGCACGUUUGUUCCAUGCUGACGUCGGAGAAGAUGAGAAUGCUAUUGGAGCAGGAACUGUUGGGUCAUCGGAAGCAAUAAUGCUGGCAGGACUUGCAUUCAAGAAGAAGUGGCAGAACAAACGUAAGGCAGAAGGCAAACCUUAUGAUAAGCCUAAUUUGGUCACUGGCUCCAAUGUACAAGUAUGUUGGGAGAAAUUUGCCAGGUAUUUUGAGGUGGAGUUGAGGGAAGUGGAAGUGAGAGAAGGAUACUACGUUAUGGAUCCUGCCAAAGCAGUCCAGCUGGUUGACGAAAAUACUAUUUGUGUGGCUGCAAUAUUGGGUUCAACAUACAAUGGAGAGUUUGAAGACGUGAAGCUCUUGAAUGACUUGCUGCUACAAAAGAAUAAGCAAACUGGAUGGGAAACUCCUAUUCAUGUGGAUGCUGCAAGUGGUGGUUUCAUUGCUCCAUUCCUAUAUCCAGAGCUGGAGUGGGAUUUCAGGCUGCCAUUGGUGAAGAGCAUAAACGUGAGUGGACACAAAUAUGGGCUUGUUUAUGCUGGUAUUGGUUGGGUUAUUUGGAGGACAAAGGAUGACUUACCAGAAGACCUUGUGUUCCAUAUCAAUUACCUUGGAGCUGACCAACCUACUUUUUAGUUCAGUUAACUACAAAACAAUUCAGUUAACUAC